AUGUAUAAAUCUACAUCAUUAGAUUCAUUAAAUUUACCGACAACUUCGACAAUGUCAGUAUUAACAUCGACAGCUAAUCCAGAAGUUCAAUAUAGUUCUUUUUCUAAGUUAGCACGUCGUAUGGCGAUCAUUCCGACGCCAAAUCGACCAGCUAGAUCAUUAACAUCAGCUAAAGUUCAGUCUUGUAUUAAUGAAAACACAUCUAUUACUAAUACUAAUACUACUACAGAUAAACAUCUUGACCCCGAUGACAGUAAAACAGUUUCACUUAGUCGUAAACAAGAAUCAUUAGAACAGUUAAAUAUCGAUGACAAUCAAUCAGUUCAUGAAGAUCAUAAUAAAGAAGAAGAUGACAAAGAUAAUCUAUUUGAUAGAUUUAUUUGUGAAAAUUUUGUUCCUUUUUCUGGCAUACAACCAAUUGAUCAAUGGUUAGAUGAGACAGAAACGUUAUUUCAUCGAUUCAAAUUUUCACGUAAACUUCGACUUAAAGCUGUACCACUUCUAGUUCAGGGUGAAGCUAAGCGAAAAUAUAUUAAAAACCGUCGAUCUUUUAGUUCUUUUGAUGAUUUCUAUGAAUUCUUGUUAACACAUUUCGAUACAAAUACUGUAGUAUCUAGCAAUUCACAGUUUAAUCAGGUCGCUCAAAAUACUCACUCAGUGAAUAAUCAGUCUUGUAACAAUAAAUCGAGUAUAGAUUUAACAUCGAGCGUUGCGAAUAAUACUAAUUCUGUUCAGAUGUCUCAAUCAUGUCUUUGUUCUAGUAAUAAGGUCAUUGUUAAAGAUACCACCGAAGUUAACGGUGAUGUAUCUGAGUCUAAGUUAACCGGAAAUAAUUCAUCAACAGAUAAUACUUCGCUUAAUUCAGUUGUAAAUGACUUACGUAAAGCAAUUCUAACAGAUUUUAUUAAAAAUCCAAAGAUUUUUCGUGGUAAUAAGGAUGAUGUAAUUAAGUGGUUAGAGGAAAUCGAUCAUUUAAUGCAAACUGCACAUGUUCCUGAAUGCAAUCGACUUGAUUUGAUUUCAUAUUCUUUACGAGGAGACGCACUUCAAUGGUAUCGAAACAACAUAUCUACGUUAACUAGUUGGAGUCUCUUUCUUCAGGAAAUUAAAAAAGCAUUUACAUCAUCAUUUUGUGAAGAGUUAGCCUUUAAAACUCUCGAAUCAUAUACACAAAGUGUAAAUCAGUCCGUUCGAAAUUUUUACAACGAAGUAAUUAAGUUGUGUAAACAAGCUGAUCCUAGUAUGAGUGAAUCAACUAAAUUGAAAAAUCUUUUAAACAAGGUUAAACCUACUAUUCAACUUGAAGUGCGCAAGAAAAAACCAAAAACAACUGUAGAAUUUCUUGAGUAUGCUAAAGAAGUUGAAGAGUUGUUACAAUUAUCGAGUACUAAUAUUGACACACAUACUAAUUACGAUUCUAAGCCAACAAAUAUUGUUAGAACAACGAACACUUCGAGUAACUUGUCUUCAUAUUAUUCUACUAACUCUAAUAAUAAUUAUAGUUCAACACCGUAUAGAAAUUCACGUACUAAUACACCAUCUUAUACAUCUACAUCUCAUAAGCCCGAUGUAGCUAUAACUAGUCAAACACAGCCUUCAAAUUCCAAUUAUCAAUUUCACCCAAAAAAGUAUACUUCGUUAAGUCAAAAUCGUACUAAUAAUACUAAUAGUCAGAAACAGAAAAAUAUACAACAGUAUACAAAUACAUCUAAAAAGGAUUCUAAAACAAAUUCUCGUUCAGUUAAUGCAGUUGUUUCACCAACAUUAUCUUCCGAUUCUAAUAAUACUCAUACUUAUUUAUCAUCAAUUAUUUGUCAGAUUUGUAAUCAAUUAGGACAUGAUGCUUUGUCAUGCCCAAGUUUUCAGUAA